GACAAUCCACCCCUGAAUGUUGGUUGCAGAGCCCUGCAGCAGAGAUCCAUGGCAUUUCAAGCCUCUGUCAGCUUCGGCCCAGGCGUGACAUCUCCUUUCUCCGAUGAGGUUUUCAUUUUACCUGCUUGCACCGUACUCAGCCAUGGAAUUCAGGAACACAGGGAGCUGGGACAGGAGGGUGAGCUGGGGAGUGCUUGCGGGCAGCAAGAAUGACUUUGUGGCACCAGCAUGGAGAGAAUUUCACUGCAAGCAGCUGCCCUCGCAGGAUUGAUACCAAAAAGAAUCCUUGUGCUUCAUUCUCUUGAAUCUCAGCAAGCAGGAGCUGCAGUGGAGAGCCGCCUCCCGGGCAUCAAGGUGAAAUACCUGCUGGUGGUGUGGUUGGGCAUCUUCGUGGGCAGCUGGGUGGCGUACAUGCAUUACUCGUCCUACUCCGAGCUCUGCCGUGGUCACAUCUGCCGGAUGAUAAUCUGCGACCAGUACAAGAAAGGAAUUAUUUCUGGCUCCACCUGCAAAGAGCUGUGUGAGGAGCGCAGCCUCCUCUUCCAGCACUGCCUCUCCUCCUCUCCCACCCAGCAGGUUUACAGCGGGCUCUGGAGGGAGACGCAAGUGAUUAUCAAAUGUGGCAUCGAAGAAGCCUUGAGGGCAGACAGCCACCCAGACUCUGUGCCCAGGAGGGAUGUGGUCCUCUUUGACAAACCCACACGAGGGACAUCUAUGGAUGAGUUCAAAGAAAUGCUUCUCAACUUCCUGAAGUCCAACCUGGGAGAUCAGCCUUCUCUUGGAGCCUUGGUGAGCCGGAUCAUUGCCAUGGCAGAUGUGAACCGGGAUGGGAAAGUGUCUUUAGCAGAGGCCAAAUCCAUCUGGGCGCUACUUCAGCUCAAUGAGUUUCUUCUCAUGCUCUCCUUGCAUGAGAAAGAGCACACUUCCAAACUGCUGGGGCACUGCGGGGACCUCUACAUCACCGAGAAGAUCCCUCACACCUCCCUCUAUGGAGUGGAUGUCCCUCCCUUCUUCCAAUCGCUGCUGCCUUCAGUUGUCCACCAAAUCAUCCACCAGUGGUUUGCACCAGCAUGGCCCCACCGGGCUAAGAUCGCCAUCGGCCUCCUGGAGUUCGUGGAGGAGAUAUUCCAUGGGACCUAUGGGAACUUCUACAUCUGCGAGACCGGCUUUAAGAACGUGGGCUACAAUGACAAAUACGACUUCAAAAUGGUCAACCUGAGGAAGGUGGCAACGGAGAUGACAAUCAGAGGUUUCCUCAAGGGACGUCACUGUGAGCAGAACGUGGACUGCACCUACGGGAAGGACUGCAUGGCAACGUGCGACAAACUCCUGAAGCAGUGCAAAAGCGAGAUGGUGCAGCCCAACCUGGCAAAGGUCUGCGGGUUGCUGCAGGACUACCUGCUGUACGGAGCACCACUGGAGCUGAAAGAAGAGCUGCAGAAACAGCUCCGAACUUGCAUGACUCUCAGUGGCCUGGCCAGCCAGAUGGAAGUGCACCACUCCCUCGUGCUGAAUAACCUCAAGACCUUGCUCUGGAAGAAGAUUUCAAACACCAAAUAUUCCUAACGGGGGAAGCACAGCCCUGGAGUUUAGAAUCUGUAAUCACCAAGUCCAGCCGAGGGUCCAAGGCUUGUUUCUCCAUCCUCUCCCCCACAGGGAGAUCAGCAUAGCUGCAGCCCCUUCUCCUCCAUGCAAAACCAAGCAUCAUGACUUCCACCGCCCAGCAGGAUCAUCAACACAGUUGGGAAGAGCGUGCUGCGGAGCUGGGACACCAGGAGCCGGGCUGAACAGGCUGGGGGGAAGAUAACACGGCAAGCGAUAAGGAAGCGGAGCCCAGCUGGAUGCAUCUGUUUCUUGAUUAACAGGAAAGCAGUGCAGAGAGAUGAGAAUGAAUCAUUCAUGCUGUACUUGUCACAUCUUUUGAUGAACGUCUCUGAUGUAAAUAAAUAGCUUUUACGUGAAUCACACCAGUACAUCAAUAGUGAAACAGCAGCCUUUUAAGUACCAGCUUGCUUGUGAUCUAAAAAGGAGAAAAAGGUAGAUUUCCCUAUUCAAAAAUUCUCUCCCCGAGUGCCCGAGUCAUCCAUCAGAUCCAGCUGUAACUUAGGAAGCAGAUAAGCUCUCUUUCCCACCACGGAGAACCCUGGUAGCUCUUUCAUUCCUUUUCAAAGUGCCUGACCCCAGACAGUGAUGCAAUGGCUUGUGUGAGGCCCACAUCUGAAACGGGUAUCACAGGCUGUCCCCUCUCACCCACUGUCUUUGGCAGCACGUAAGGCCAAAAAUAGCUUAACAGCGAAGGGCUACAACGUGAACAACCCUGGUUACCAUAUACACUUUGUGUGUUACUUCCCACAACACUCAGAGCAGGGAUAAGCCAACCUCUGGGUUUAAUUCUCCUAAAACUAAGCUGGACUUGCACUGCAGAGGUUUAAGAUUAAUACCAGAAUAAUCCAGUGCUUCUCCAAUUAUUAAAAUGAACUUCCAGGCAAGCCUUCAGCAAGUUCAGAGACGUUUGUUUGGCUGUGUAACUACUACCACAUCCCUUAACUACAGCCGGUUUCCUUCAAAUGCAGUUAUAGCAACCUUUUAAUGCAGGUAGAGGAAGAGUUUGUGUAAACCACCCACCUCACUCACAUUCCUGUGGAUCAACUGUAUGCCAGCGCUCUUGCCGAUGACUGCUUAGUGAAGUGGAGCGUGUAUCUGAAGUACAAUCCCCGAGACAAAACCCCAUCUGACAGUGUAUAUAGCCUGGGAAGGCAAUCGGUAGUGUCAUGGCUACAAAUUUAUGAGCCCUUUGGAAGAGAGAUACCAGUAUUUCCUUCUAUUAGUUCUAUAGGAUCAUCAUUACCUCUCAGUAUUAUUUAUGGAGGGAAUGUUUCAGUGUCAACACUGCUCUAAAUCUAGCACAGAGCCAGUGUAGCUGACUUCCUGCAGGAGUUGGCUUUGCAACAUAAUUCAUCAGUGGUAAGGUUGAGCAUUUGCGUUUGAAGGGUGGGGAGUUCCUCAGCCGCUUCAAGUCACCCUUAAUUCAGUACCAACACUGCAAAGGUGGCUCUGGCCUCACCUCAGGUGGGAAUGUGCGCGGGAGGGCAACGGCGAGCACUGGAAUUCAGCAGUGAGGCUCCACACAGCCACCCCAGCUCCUUGUCUGUCGUCCUGCAUUCCCAUGGCAACCAGCUCCACUGACAAAUUAAUCUGCUGCUAUUAGAAAAAGGAACCUAACAAUCAAGCCAAAUCCUCUCCUCAGAUUUUCAGGAAAGUAAUUUUUCACUCUCCUGUCUGUGCUUGCAAUCUAUGAGUAAAUUCUGUCCAGAAAGUGGCACCAUUCUAAAUCUCCACUGCUCCAUUCCCCAAAAGCAGCAUCAGAUAAGGCAGCAGGUAAGCACCUACAAAAGAGGAAAUCCACCUUGUCCCUCGCUUAUCCACAUAAUCCUAAAUACCAGAAUCCC